AAUUUGCUUUAUGUAUGGGAAAUAUUCUUUAAUUAUGUAGCUCCUCUAAUGAAGAAUAGUUUCAUUUUGGAAAUAAAGAAAUGAAAAUAAGUUUACAAACCUUAAUUCAACUGAUUCUUAAAUUGGCUAAGAAUACUUCUUAUGAAGCUAUUGAUAAAAUAUAGCAAGCCUUUGAAUUCAGACUAUGAUGUAGACUAUUCAUGAAUAGAUGGCUAAAUUUGUUAAGGAAAAAGCUGAAGUAUUCGAGCUAAAAUUGACGUAGUUUUUUUUUUGAAUAGGAGAAGGUGAGACUCAAGGAGUCUUUGAUUGUAUAUA